GCAUGCAACGAACUGGAGCAGUCAGCAAUGUUGCGCCCAGACUUGGGACCAGAAUUAUUGGCAGUCGCUGCGGGCUUUUGGCAUACCUGUGCGGUGCGACCAGAUGGUCGGUUGGUGUGCUUUGGAGGUGGACACAGCACAGAUGGACGGUGUCGUGCGCCAGCAGACUUGGAACCGGUUUUGGCAGUCGCUGCGGGAGCUGAGCAUACUUGUGCAGUGCGAGCAGAUGGUCGGUUGGUCUGCUUUGGAGACAACGAGGAUGGACAGUGUGAUGUGCCAGCAGACUUGGGACCAGUUUUGGCAGUCGCUGCGGGCGGUUCCCAUACCUGUGCAGUGCGUGCAGAUGGACCAGUUUUGGCAGUCGCUGCGGGCGCUUGGCAUACCUGUGCAGUGCGAACAGAUGGUCUGCUGGUCUGCUUUGGAAACAGCAAGUCUGGACGGUGUGAUGUGCCAGCACACUUGGGACCAGUUUUGGCAGUCGCUGCGGGCGUUAGGCAUACUUGUGCAGUGCGAGCAGAUUGUCGGUUGGUCUGCUUUGGAAACAACGAGGAUGGACAGUGUGAUGUGCCAGCAGCCUUGGGACCAGUUUUGGCAGUCGCUGCGGGAGCUGAGCAUACUUGUGCAGUGCGAGCAGAUGGUCGGUUGGUCUGCUUUGGAGACAACGAGGAUGGACAGUGUGAUGUGCCAGCAGCCUUGGGACCAGUUUUGGCAGUCGCUGCGGGAGCUUGGCAUACCUGUGCAGUUCAAACCGAUGGUCAGCUAG